AUGGAAGAAUCGACGCGUGAUAUAGAUUGUACCACUCGACUUCUCCCACCGAAGGGUAAAGAUAAAGAUGGUAUGAUGUUAGGCAAACAAAUACCCAGCGGCAGUACUAACUCCUGCAGUGAAUCCUCUGAGGAUUACUCUAACGUCUCCGCCUCUGAAGAUGUGGAUGAGGAAAGAGCAGAGCGGCAGGCACUUCUCUCUGGUAAUAAUUACAAUGCGGCAAAAGACCCAUAUGCGGAGUUGAUUGCUAGCGCUAUGGAAGUGCGUCGUCGCGUUCACUCCGCGAAUGAAGUGACCGCCCGUCUUCGCGAGAUCUCACGGGGAAUGGCAAAACGCAUGCAAGAACAACAAGAAGGAAAAGAAGAAGAAGAAGAACGGGAAGAUCAACAAAGUAUGCGAAAUGCAGAGAAGAUGUCGAGAGAGGAAUUAUACCUUGAGUUCGAGGAGGAGUUCACAUCUGCAUUGGAGACUUUACGAACAAUGCAGUUUUUCGGUGUAUUAUCCGAUAUGGACCGAAUGUCUAUGGCUGUUACUCGAGCCGCAUUCCUCACAUCACGCCGGAAUUUAAUCAGUAUUCAAGAGAAUCAACACAAUCAUUUAACUCGACUUCUCUUCACAGCAUGGAGACAGCAAUUUCAACUACGACAGGAUAUUCGUCGGCGAGAACAGGGAAUGUUGGUUUCUCACGACUAUGAUGGACCGUCAAUGGGAGAAGUAGGGAUGAAAGAAGAUGCGGCCCGACCGGCUUUUGUAUUUCCAAUGGCUGAGAGUAUAGGAGGAUUUGGUCAAUGCGGGGAAACAGAUGACUUUGAGGAACGAGAUCACAUGGCAGCCUUGUAUGGUCUUCAUAAGACUUUACAACGGAUUGUGGCUAUGCAGAAGGAACGAUUGCGGUGUCUUGUGGAAGAAACCACGGGAUCUUCAGAAAAUAUGAUGAAUGGUUUAAAUCGUAAUAAUAAACAUAGUAGUCCUUCUAAACUCUGUGAUAAUGGAUGCUGCUCUGUUUUGUGA